AUGGUCAGGCCUCUCAGGAAGGCCCCUAGUGGUUUCACUCACCUGCCCAUCAUGGUGGACAAGUUCACCAAGUGGAUUGAGGCGAAAACCAUCACCAAAACCAACUCCCAAGAGGCCGUCAAGUUCUUCCUGGGCAUCGUCUACCGAUUUGGUGUGCCAAACACCAUCAUCACAAAUAACGGGACCAACUUCACAGGCAAGAAGUUCUUGGGGUUCGUCGAUGGAUAUGGGAUCGGACACCCUCGCACCAAUAGGCAGGUGGAGAGGGUGAAUGGCAUGGUCCUCCAAGGACUCAAGCCUCAUAUCUUCGACCAGCUCAAUAAGUUUGCCGGGCGGUGGGUCUAG